AUGUUCACUCUCUCUUUCACUACGCUAUCUAUCUAUCUAUCUAUCUAUAUCUCGCUUCAUCAUUUUCGGUUAAAUUUAUUUGAACUGCAUUCUUACUUUUUCAAUCACCCUACCACACUCUCACACUCUUUUAUGCUUUCUCUCCUUUACUUUCUUUCUAUUGUCCUCUUCGUCCCCCUCAUUCUCCGCGCAUUAAUCUGUCUUUCCUAUUUUCUUACAAGCAUUCCUCUUUUCACACUUCGAUUUUUCUCUUUAUUUUUUAUUUCUUCUGCUGUUUCUUUCUUUCUCUUUCCGUCUUUUUCUAUCUAUUCAACUUUACUUGUUUCUUUCCUUCUCCGUCUGUUUUUAUCUAUCUAUCUAUCUAUCUAUCUAUCUAUCUAUCUAUCUAUCUAUCUUUUCUACUUGUUUGCUUAUUCCUUUCUUUCCUUCUCCGUCUGUUUCUAUCGAUCUAUUGUUUUCACUUUCUUUGCUUGUUUCUUUCUUUCUCCGUUUGUUUCUAUCUAUCUAUCUAUCUAUCUAUCUAUCUAUCUAUCUAUCUAUCUAUCUAUCUGUUCCACUUUGUUUGCUUGUUCCUUUCUUUCUUUCCCAGUCUGUUUCCAUCUAUACCAAUCUUUUUCUUCAUUUCAUACUUUUCAAGCGCUUCUCCUUUCCUCUUAA